AUGGUUGGCGUUGGCAUGGAGCUGGCAGCACUCAUUGCAGGAGUUGCUCUCGCCACUUUCCCCUACAGUGCAGAGUUCAACGGCAAGAUCAAAUACAUCCGAGACUUUUUCAUUACACUCUUCUUCGCCGCAUUAGGAAUGCAGAUCCCUGUGCCGUCUGCAAAGCCGAUCUUUACAGCUUUGCUGAUCGCCAUAUGCGUCCUCCUCUUCCGCUGGCUGGGUAUCUUCUGCUUGGUUUACAUUCUGGGUGGAUCUGCACGCCUGGGAAUUCUGGCCACGAUUAACCUCUCGCAGAUCUCGGAAUUUGCUUUGGUGAUUUGCUCCCUCGGAAUGAGCUACGGGCAUAUCGAUGACACUACCCUGGAGAUUAUUAUUUGGGUCUUCAUGAUGUUGUCAAUUCUCUCAUCCAAUUUGAUGACCUACAACCACCAGAUCUUCAGGCGAUUGGCAUGGCUAUCUCGAAAGUUGCUUCUAUUUCUGGCUUCAUUCGCUUUAUUGCCAAAUCUAAGGCACGAGGAAGAUGAGCGUGACAUUCUCUUGCUGGGUUUCCACCGAAUCGCCUCCAUGAUGGUGGCAGAGUUCGAGCAGCACAAUCCCAAACUGCUGAGGAAGUUGCAGGUGGUGGAGUUCAACCAAGCGGUGAAGGACCGAGAGAGAGUUGGAGAAAGUAUCGACACAAUGAGUCCGAAGACGACGGCGUUUUGUUUCAGCCAAGACUACGACGGCACUUGCACCACCAAUUUUGCCAUCUUGAAGGUGGCGAUGUCUGUAUGGCCCAAGGCACACAUCAUUGUCACGGCAGACAACCCUCAGCAGGCUGCUGAACUCUACGAGGCUGGUGCCCACUACGUGCUUCGCUCUGCCAAGCUAUGUGCUGAACGGCUUUAUGAGCUCUUGAACAAAUUUGCAGCCCGUCUAUCGAAGACCGCUCUGCCGCCGGCCGUCGCCCCCCGUCGCCGGACGACAAAAGAGAGGGUGAAGGCAGGCCAAAGGAGGCCCAUUUGGCCCAUUUAA